AGAGAAGAGCCAGAGAAGAGUCAGAGAAGAGCCAGAGAAGAGCCAGAGAAGAGCCAGAGAAGAGCCAGAGAAGAGCCAGAGAAGAGGAGUCGGGACAGAGAACUGGCCCUGAUCAUUUCUCCAGUCUGCAGUCACACUACUGGCAUGAGGUGGUUGUUUGUUCUGGCUGGUUUAUGUCUCCUGGUGAUGCUGAUGCUACCAGAGACUGAGGGAAGGAGCCAACCACUGAACCAGGAUGGAGAAAAGCUACGGGGGAGAAGGCGGAGGACAGGAAAAGGCCAUUCUGUGUCCAAAGCAGAGAGCUCCAGGCCACUGAACACAAGGCUGCUUCCUGGUCCCAACAUCCCGCUGAAUGGAGGAAAAAAUGCUGGAAACCCUCUGUUCCUCCAGUCUUAUAAGAGCCUGCCAGAACAACAUUCCAGUUACACCAUCCCAGGUAAGCAGGGCCAGUGUGUCUACAAGGGCCUCACCAUGUUUGACCAGGCCAUGUGGUCUCCCAAGCCCUGUGUUACCUGUCGCUGCACAGGAGGCCGGGCGGUUUGUGAUGAGAUCUCCUGUCCCAUAAUGCACUGCCACUUCCCCUUCACCCCACCGGGGGACUGCUGUCCAGUGUGCAUGGAGCCAGUCUCUGAUCUCUCUGGUGACUCCCCAGUUCCCAAUGACCCUGGUGACACCAUGACUACACUGACCCAAGAGGAGAUCCAACGCAUCCUGUGGCAUGAGGAGGAGGAGGAGGAGCAUCUAAGGAGGAAGGAGAGGGAGAGGAAAAGGAGGAGGAAACAGAGGAAGGAAAAGGCAGAAGAACAAAGGAGGCUGGUGGAGGAGAGGAGGAGGCAGGAAGAGGAGGCUUUGAAGGUGCAGGAGGAGAAAGAAGAAGAGGAGAAGAGGAGGCGACUGAUGGAGGAGGAGGAGGAGAUGAGGAGGAAGCAGGAAGAGGAGAGGAGAAGAAAGGAGGUGGUGGAGAGAGAGGCCAGGGAGCAGGAAAGAAAACAGGAGGAAGAGAGGAGGAGACAGGAGGAGAAGCUAAGGGAGCAGCUGAGGGCUCUGGAGGAGGAGGAGGAUGGUGAAGAGGAUGAGGAGGAGUGGUUGAGAGGAGACGUGUUUCAGAUGUCUCCACAUGAACCCAAGGAGCCAGACCUCCUCCCUGCUCCCAUACCCCGACCCCCCACCCAAAUUGACCAGGAGCGGGGAGAGGAGGAGGUGCAGGAGUCUAGGAGGGUGGGACUUCCUCCAGGAUGUGAUGUUACUGAUGUCACAAUGACAUGUGACAAUGCCAAACUGAACUACUUCCCUCCUCUGGCUAUGCAGGAACUCAAAUCACUCAGCCUGGAAGGGAACAACAUCAGCAGCAUUCCAGCAGAGGCUUUUAAUGGAAUUCCCAACCUGGAAUGGAUCAACCUCGGAAAAAACAAACUCACCUCUGCCAGGAUCUCUGCUAAGGCUUUCAGAAGUCUGAGGUUUCUGGGACGUCUGUAUCUGGAUGGGAAUCUUCUAGAGACCAUUCCCUUGAACCUCCCCCCAACUCUACAGGAACUGAAGAUCAACGAGAACAAACUGAGAGUGAUAGACCAGAAGAGCUUCACAGAUCUUGGUAGUCUGGUCACUCUGGAGUUGGAAGGGAAUCUUCUCAGUGAGGGGACUGUGGACCCUCUGGCCUUCUCCCACCUAAGGCAGCUGUCCUACCUCCGACUGGGUCAAAACCACUUCCGCACAGUACCACAAGGCCUGCCCAACACAUUAUUGGAGCUCUAUCUAGAGAACAACCUAAUAGAGGAGAUCUCUGAUGCUGUGUUCAACCAAACCACAAACCUCAACGUUGUCUCCCUCAGACACAACAGAUUGGAUGAGACCAGGAUCGCUCCUCUGGCCUGGAUCAACCACAGGAACCUGGAGUCCAUUGACUUGUCUCAUAAUGAGCUGUACCUGGUCCCUUCCUACCUGCCCAGACCGCUGGUCCACCUGGUGCUGGUUGGCAACCACAUAGAGAGGAUACCUGGCUAUGUGUUUGCCCACAUGGACCCUGGCCUGGAGUAUUUGUACCUGUCCUACAACAGACUGGAUGGGGAAGGAGUUGAACCUGAGUCCUUCUUUGGUUCCUACCAGUCCAUGGUGGAACUGUGCCUGGACCACAACCAGCUUGUCAAUGUGCCCUCGGGCAUCAAUGAGAUGAACAGCCUCCAUUUCCUUAGACUCAACAACAACAGGAUCAGGAACAUCCCAGAGGAUGGUCUCUGUGACCCCCACCAUGAUGGAGACUCCACCCUAGUGGCUCUCAGGUUGGAGAACAACUUCAUCAACCCUGAAAAGAUCUCACCCAAAGCCUUCUCCUGCGUCCGCUCCUCCUCCAGUGUUGUGUUAAAACCCCAGAGAACCAAGUGACCACAUCACAAGAGUCAAACAACCAACACUUCUCUCAAAAGCCAAGUGGAAAAACGUGGCUUUAUAACGAGGAAAUGAUGAAUACAAACACUUCUCUACAUCCACUGACACUGGGUGCUACAUGCUGAUGAAUGUCAUUGGAAUAUAUACCAUGGGUUCAUAUAC